ACAGCCCCUUCCCCAACCCUGCAGCCUCUUUCUCACCUCGAAGAAUAACCUUAGGAGAUUUACAAAAUGUGUGAUGCCUUUGUGGGAACUUGGAAACUCGUCUCCAGUGAGAACUUUGAUGAUUACAUGAAAGAAGUGGGGGUGGGCUUUGCCACCAGGAAAGUGGCAGGAAUGGCCAAGCCUAACAUGAUCAUCAGUGUGAACGGAGACGUGGUCACCAUUCGAUCUGAAAGUACCUUUAAAAACACUGAAAUUACCUUCAAACUUGGCCAGGAAUUUGACGAAGUCACCGCAGAUGACAGGAAAGUCAAGAGCAUCAUAACCUUAGAUGGGGGAGUUCUGGUGCAGGUGCAGAAGUGGGAUGGAAAGUCAACCACCAUAAAGAGAAAACGAGAGGAUGAUAAACUGGUGGUGGAAUGUGUCAUGAAAGGCAUCACUUCUACAAGAGUUUAUGAGAGAGCGUAAUCCAAGGGGACAUGGCCCUAGACUGAAAUUUGCAUCGAACGCUACAAUACUUGGCUGGAUGUAUUGUUGAAAAGGAUAUUACUUUCCACUAAUUAGCAAGCAACUAAUUUUCCUUGAAGUUGGAUUUUAUUAAAUAUGGUUGUGUUGAUUAAAUAAAUAAAACUUUUUAGAUU